CAUAAGAUUGCAAAACUGCCAAAUUAAUUAAUCUGUAAAACAUGUUGUUUCUAGAAGGUGCUGUCAGACCUGUGGUCUCAUUUAAUCCAAACUGGGGAAAAAUAUUCACAGGCGAAACUCUCAGUCUCACUUGUAACGUGGAUUCAGUGGGACGGGAAGUCCAGGAAUAUAUCUGGUACAAAGAUGACAAGCUUCUAACCACGAGGUCAAAGCAGUUUAUAAUAAAAAAUGCCGAGACACACGACAGUGCCAACUACCGGUGCCAGACCGCAACAAGUGACAGAAGUGAUGCUGUAAAGUUGGACGUUAGUUAUGACUGGAUCAUCCUGCAAGUGCCGCACUAUGUUUGUGAAGGAGAUGAUGUUACUCUGAGAUGUCAUAAUAUUCAAGGACACAACGCAAAUAGGACAAUAUUCUACAACUCGGAUAAUAAUGUUAUACAGGACUCAGAAAGUGAUUUGGUUUCACUUAAAAAUGUCCGUUUGAGCAUGUCUGGAGCAUACCGAUGUACUAAAGAAUUAUCAGGUGGAAAAUAUUCCACUGAAGCCAUGCUGUCUGUCAGAGACCUGUUCUCUCAACCACAAAUAUUGGUGAACCCAUAUGCACCGAAAGAAGGUGCUAAUGUGACCCUCAUGUGUGACACAAGUGUCAGCAUGCUCAGAACAUCUACAGAACUACAGUUUGCAUUCUACAGAAAUGGGCAAAAUGUACAAGAAUUUGGUUUAUCCAAUAAAUACCAGAUUUAUUCAGCUCAGGCUGGGAAUUCCGAAGACUUUACCUGUGAAGUAAAGACCUCAACCAGCAACGUAAAGAAGAUAAGCCGCGUGACGCGUUUCCAGAUAUUGGAACUGUUCUCAUUCCCUCAAACUAAAGCAAGCCCUCAGGAUGUGACAGAAGGUGCGGAGAUGACCUUGACAUGUGACACAAUCCCUCAAGAUGUCAUAGACCUGAAGUUUGCUUUCUACAGAGAUGAAGAGAUGGUGCAGGGGUUCAAUUCAUCCAAUAAGUUCCAGGUUCAGUCAGCUCAGCUGGAGAACUCGGGAAAUUAUACCUGUGAGGUCAGAGCAUCAAACUACAAUGUAAAGAAGAGAAGCCGCAUGUUACAUAUCCAGGUACAAGAGUUGUUUUCUUACCCAAAGAUUAAACUGAUUUAUGAUCUGCUGGUGGAAGGGGGUAACUUGACCCUGUCUUGCGACUCAAAUUCGACUCUGCUUGGAAAUACUACGGAAUUACUGUUUGCAUUCUACAGAAAUGAACAGAAUGUGCAAGAAUUCGGUUUAUCCAAUAAAUAUGAGGUUGAGUCAGCUCAGGUGGCGGACUCUGGAGUUUAUAACUGUAAAGUCAUAACUGCAAAUAACAAAGUGAUGAAGAUAAGUAAAGGACUAAACGUUCAGAUACAAGGUACCAUUAAUUAUACGUCGAACAACAUAAUAAGGAUGACACUGUCCGCAUGUAUAUUGAUCAUCACGUUGUGUAUUUUCUUACAUCACAUGAAGAAUGAUGUUAUGAAGACGUAUGACGAUUGAGUUCUGCAGGAAAUGUCCACUUUAAACUGUCCGCAGUUGUACAUUUAAGUAAAAUUUUCACAAUAUUGGUUGACAAAAAGACACCACCUCUACAACCUCUCAUUUUCAUUUUUGCUCCAUAUAAGCAAACAAUUAUUUGAAACAAUUUCCAGUUGUGCAAAA